AGAACCCUUCGUCUUAAAUUACCUCUUGUAGCAAGAAAAGGUAUUACUGCGAAAGAAAACAAAAUGAAGAACAAACCUGAAUUCCAGAUUUGUCCGCCAUUGACACUUCGUCUUGACGCUUUGAAUUUCCUCAUUAAAAGUGCCGAAAAAUUGAAACUUUCUCAAGCCGUGAAAUACGCUUCUCUUUCUCUCUUUGCUCAUCGAUUCUUCGUUUCUCUCACUUCAUCAACUCACCGUCACUGGUUACUAGAAAAACCUAUCAAAUUCCCUAAUUUACAGCUAUUUUCUCUAGUCUCCCUUUGGAUUUCUAGCAAAACCUACGAUUCUCCUCCAAUUUCUCUAAAAUCUCUAAAAUCUAUCAGUGAUCAACUCAUCAAAGAUCAGCAUUUCACAAAAUCUGACUUCUUGGACGCCGAAGUUGUAUUUUUACAAACCCUAAAUUUCGAGGUCGGAACAUUAAAAAACUCUGCGUUUUUGGUUGUUCAGGAGUUGCUAAUGAAGCUGAAAGAGGUAGCUAGAGUUGGAGAUUUGGUGAGUUUUGAUGCUUGCUGCGAUGUUAUGGAUUUGAUUUACGUAAACGAUGAAAUUUCGCGAUUGUUCGAAGAAUCACCGGUGUAUAGUGCGGCGGCGAUUUUGUCAUCGGUGUAUGCGAUUACGGUUCCGAAACAGACGUGCGAGUUUCCGGUUGUUAGUUGGAUGAAUUUCGUGACUGGUUGUAAAGAAGAAGAUUUGAUGUUAAUCGUGAAACUCAUCUUCCACCAUGUUUUUCAAAAAUUUUGAAAUUCUGCAUUGCUUGUGAUGAUCGUUGGAUUUUUCAACAAAUUUUGGAUUUCUAUCAAAACCUAUGAUUCUUUCCCAAUUUCUCUCAAGUUUUUAAUAUCAAUCAGUGAACAACACAUCAAAAAAUCGUGUGGUCGUGAUUUAGGUGUCAAUGUAUACGAUGACGGUGCCGAUAUGGAGGUAAGACUUUCUGAUCGUAGGUGCGUAGAUUUCAUAAAGACUGGUUGUAAAGAUGAUUGGAUAUUAAUUGUGAUUCGUGAAACUCAUUCUCCUGGAGGUUUUCCAACUGUGUUGAAAUUCUAUAUUAAUUGUGUUUACUUGUAAUGUGUAGUGUACAUACGGAUUACAAUUUAUUUCGAAUCUGCCCCUGAUCCGAGGUUUUGUAAUUCGAUUCAAAUUCGAAAAAAUUGAUAUACAUACAACUCUAAAUCUGUUUAUAUAGUUUGAGUCCGAUUCAGAGACGAAUCGGAAUUGGACCUCAUAUAAAAUCUGAUACUUUGAUCCAACUCUGACUCCAAUCCGACUGGACACCCGACUUCGAAUCGAAUAUAAUUAUAAUACUUAAAGUUUUAAAUGCAUGUUUUUGGUUUUAUAAUUGAAUAUUAAAACAGAGGUUAGGUGAAUUAUAUCCAAAGUUGUUAUUAAAAGCGUAAAACAACUCUCAGAAUCAGAUCAUAAAUUUGAAACUUUGAAUCGUAGAAUCGAAUGAGAUCUGAUAGUAUGCUGCGACAAGUCAUGUUCGGGUCAGCUCAGUUAGUUACGGGUUGAUUUGACAAUUGUUAUUCGUGUUAUUAGGUUUGCAUUG